ACUGUAUGUAAUUUGUCUCUUUGCAUUAAAGUUGUCUUUUUUAUAUUUUACUAUAAACUACAGUGACGCUCACAAAGCUUACUUUGAAUACUCAUGUCGAAAACAGAAUACUUAACAGUUGAAGGCGAGAAAGACUGGACAAUGGUUCAGGCUUCGGACCUCAUUCAGAACCAGGAAGUCAUUCAAAUAGACGGAAACUCUUCUGUAGAAGAAGCAUGCCAAAUAUUAGUGGAAAAUAAUAUAUCUUCAGCACCCGUUUAUGUUAAAGAAGAAAAGGGCCACUAUAUAGGCAUGUUUGAUUACGGGGAUGUAAUAGCCUAUUUGCUUUUGGUGUUGCACAAAAAACCGGGUCAACGAAGCGGAAAGGAUACUGAGAAAAUUGAUCCUGAGGCUUUUGAAAUUAAAGAUAUUGUACGCAGAGCAUUACAAGGCGAGAAGGUACCUGUGCACAUGGCGAGCGACUUAUCAAGAAAAAACCCGUUUUACAGCAUCAUGCAUGAAGCCAAGCUUUUGUCAGCAGUGGAAAUUUUUGCAUGCGGCACCCACAGAUUGAGCAUUUUGAAACCUAAUGGAGAGAUUGAGGGAAUUUUAUCACAAUCAACAGUUGUAAAAUAUCUUUUUGAGAAUAGGAAGAAGUAUCCUGAGAUUGAUGAAGUUUUAAACAAAAGUAUUAAGGACUUGAAUCUCAGUGAUGAGCCAGUUAUCGGUGUUGAUGCAAACUCUAGUGUUCUAGAAGCCCUUUCACUGAUGAGCACGCAUGGUGUUUCUUCAGUUGCAGUACUUCGAGAAGGGAAGAGCGUCUUUGGGAAUAUCAGUAUGACCGAUGUUAAGCAUGUAAUGAAAGGCUAUAAUCACCGUCUAUUAUGGAAGAGUUGCCUCCAAUUUGUGAGCCAUAUAAGGACUCAGCAGGGAAUGAUUGACGGACAGGACCGCCUUCCCGUAUUUGACGUUAGAAGAGAAACUUCUUUAGGAUUUACUGUUGCAAAGUUGCUUGCCACCAAAGCUCAUCGUGUUUGGGUUGUCGAUGAACAGAAUCAAGCUAUCGGUGUAGUAUCUUUAACUGAUGUCACACGGGUGUUUGCUUCCUUGGUAGGCGUAGAGACUAAAGAGAGGCGACCAAGUUUGGCAGUGUUCAGUUGUUAGCCAACUGAUUACUUUUGUAUUAAGAGUGCGUUUAUCUUCAAGCCAACAGAAAAUUGGGGAUACGGACUGUUUUCUAUAAUGUACUUUUAUAUUUUCAUCAAAUCCACAAUAUCACUUCUUUCCAUCUUUAUUAAAAUAAAUAAGCGGUUGAGCACAUAGAUCAUUGCACGGG